UUGCGCUCUUUCGCACCACGCCGAGCGUCCCACGGCGCUCGGCCCCUCCGCGGCGGAGCGUCUCCGGCCGCCCGCGCCGCAUAAGGCAAAGGCUUUCCGACUUCAGCUACAGUGCUAGCUAAGUCGGGGAAGGCAACACGGAGCAAAGCCGCGCGUCCCCCCGCCUCCUGUCGGCUGAACGGGCCAGCAUGGCGCGGGGAGCGGAGCCGGCGGGCGAGCGGCGGCGCUGCGGAUCUGUGGUUGCCUAUUUUACCUCGGCAAAGUUUCUCCUUUACCUUGGGCAUGCACUGUCCACUUGGGGAGAUCGUAUGUGGCAUUUUGCUGUGUCUGUAUUCCUGGUUGAACUUUAUGGAAACAGCUUACUCCUGACGGCUGUCUAUGGACUGGUUGUGGCGGGAUCAGUUCUUCUCCUGGGAGCCAUUAUUGGAGACUGGGUGGACAAGAACUCCAGGCUCAAAGUGGCCCAGACAUCCCUGGUUGUACAGAAUGCAUCAGUCAUCCUGUGUGGUGUUAUCCUGAUGAUUAUCUUCUUGUUUAAGACACAGCUUUUAACCUUAUACCAUGGAUGGCUUCUUACGAUGUGCUAUAUCCUGGUUAUCACAAUAGCAAAUAUUGCCAAUUUGGCCAGCACUGCUACAGCAAUCACAAUUCAGAGGGACUGGAUUGUUGUGAUUGCAGGGGAAGACAGAAGCAAACUGGCAGAUAUGAAUGCCACAAUAAGAAGAAUUGAUCAGUUGACCAAUAUCUUGGCCCCAGUGGCAGUUGGUCAGAUAAUGACAUUUGGCUCCCCAAUGAUUGGCUGUGGAUUCAUUUCUGGUUGGAACCUGAUGUCGAUGUGUGUGGAAUAUCUGCUGCUCUGGAAGGUUUAUCAGAAAACCCCUACUCUGGCUCUCAAAUCUGCAAAAGUUGAAGAAUCAGAACUGAAACAGCUGAAUAUAAAGAAAGAGAGUGACAUGAAACCUGCCGAAGGAGUGCAGUUAAUUGUUGAAAAAGAUGUAACUGGCUUUGAGCCCCAACAGGAGAAGGAGAUGAGCUGCGGUGCCCGGAUUGCUGAGCCUUUCAUCACUUUCCGUGAUGGAUGGGUUGCGUACUACAACCAGCCAGUGUUUCUUGCAGGCAUGGGUCUUGCCUUUCUGUACAUGACUGUUCUGGGCUUUGAUUGUAUUACUACAGGCUAUGCCUACACUCAGGGUUUGAGUGGCUCAGUGCUAAGUCUCUUGAUGGGUGCCUCAGCAGUCACUGGAAUCAUGGGAACAGUAGCUUUCACUUGGCUUCGUCGCAAAUGUGGCCUUGUUCGCACAGGCCUCAUUUCUGGAGUUGCUCAAUUUGCUUGCCUGGUCUUAUGUGCUGUCUCUGUGUUUAUGCCUGGAAGUCCUAUGGAUUUGACUGUCUCCCCAUUUGCUGACAUCAGUGCUAGGCUGUUUGAAAGUGAACCAUUACCUGCUAUAGCAUCUCCAGAAGAUAAGCCUGAAGUGUUUUUUGCAACUGAAAUGCCCAACUUGUUCAACGGGUCUACUACUCCGGCUAACAGCGACCCAGAGAUGAGUCCUGAGCCUGUGCCUUUGCUCUCUGUUAGUCUCCUGUUUGCAGGAGUCAUUGCUGCUAGAGUUGGCCUUUGGUCCUUUGAUUUGACUGUCACACAGUUGCUCCAAGAAAAUGUGGUAGAAUCUGAAAGAGGCAUCAUAAACGGUGUCCAAAACUCCAUGAAUUAUCUUCUUGAUUUGCUGCACUUCAUCAUGGUCAUCUUGGCCCCAAAUCCUGAAGCUUUUGGCUUAUUGGUGCUUAUUUCUGUGUCUUUUGUUGCCAUGGGCCACAUAAUGUACUUCAGAUUUGCGCAGAAAACCUUAGGAAAACAACUUUUUUCAUGCCGCACUCCUGAUCCCAAAGUGUCUGACAGUUCACCAACUGGUAAUACAUCUACUGUCUGAGAGGAUCCACUUCUCUUACUAACUUGCUACACAAAUAUAGUGGUUAAACACAUAUACUGCUUUUUGUGACCCUAAGGUGUUUCUCUAGAGUUGAAUGCAUAACUUAGCUGUUUGAGGAAGCUGUUCGAAGAGAGCUAAAAGUCAUAGUGACCCUGUGAAAGUGUUACAUGUUUGGUAGAGGACAACCUAAUUGGAUCUUGACAGCUGGUGUUUCAAAGGAUCCCUACAUCUAGUACUUGAUCUCAAAAGUUAUGUUGACUUCCUGUUCCUGACCCCUACAGUGAUACUUUAGUGGUUAUACUAGCUCAAUUUGUUCAUGAAUUCUGAACAAUUCUUGUGUCUAUUGAGCGAAACAAGGUGGUUUUUUUAGUUGCUUCAGAAUAACUUGAUAUAUAUUAUUUGAUUUUUUUGUGGAGUUUUUCCUGUUUUCCCCCUUACCAUGAACAAUGGUAUAAGCAUCAUUCUUGAAUUCCUGAAGUGGACUCUUGAGUUCUGAGGUUUUCCCAAAAUACGUUUUAGUAUGCUGUUUUGGUUUAACUUUACAGAAACACCUUUGUAGGGUUUUUUGCAUGUUUUCUUACAAAUUAGAUGAGUGCUAGGUAAAAGAUGUUGUAUUACACUUCUGUUGCACUUGAUAAAGUAAAACAUAGCCUCAUCUUAGCAGAAGCUGUUGAUGUAACAUUAGAAAGCAUGGCUUUUUUUAAUUGCAAAUGACGGGUCUGCUCAGGUUUAAUGUAGCAGGAAGUGCUAAGGUCAGGAGUACUGGUACAGGAAGAUAAAGUCUAGGGCUAACUUAGUUUUUGCAAGCAGCUUUAGUUAUUUUUGUUAUUUUCAGAAACCCUACUAAAGCCUGAUGUAUUGAUAUAUUAUUAGUAUUGCAGGCAAAAGAAGUCAAAGUGGUUUACUUGCGUGUAUCUGUUUUACAUGUAUGUGAAUUUUGACUUGUUUUGUUCUCAAAUACUGCUAAGACAGUGAGAUGUUGGACUGUGUGGCCCUCUAAAGCAACUUCGGAGCAAUGAAGAGUGAUAAUAUCCCUCUGAUUUUCAGGAAGUUCUUGCAUUUAUUUUUUUUUUUACCCUGCAUGUCUACUAACACAGUACUUCCAUAGUCAGUAACUGUAUGUGCACUUUUGUGGAAACUACACACUUUGCUCUCACAGUAGAGUUGAACCUGGUGGUGAUCUGAAUUUUCCUAUGGCAUGACUACGACUCCUAAACUUAAAUCUUUGUAAAAAUGUUUGUUUGCAAAAUAAUUGGUAUGCAAAAACAUACGCCAUAAACUUGUGAAGGGUGUGCUCUGCAACUUUUAAGCCAUUUUGUAUUUUAGGUACUGUCCUUCACAGUCAUCUGUGUUGCCAGACUUCAACCCUAGAAUGUAAGUGUGUGAGCUCCAUUGACAUUAAAGGCGUUACACCAGGGCUGAGUCUAGCCAUUCAUCAUAAAAUUUUUAAUGAUUACAUUAUGUAUCAAACUAAAUAGAAUGUGGCUUUUCUCUUGGAUACAAUAUUUUGUAAGAGGAGUGGAACUGAAUGUACAGCCAAUGUACUUGUAGCCCUCAGUAUUCAGUAACUGGAUGUAACAGUUCUUCUCCUCUAAUGGACCAAAACUACCCAUUACUGCUAUGUUACUGAAAGUGUCUCAGGGAUGUUUUCACUAGCUUUAUGAGUUUUUUACUUUGACCAAGCUUUAGGUUUUUAAUAAAGUAAAAUAUGUAAAUUAGAGUAGUUUUAAAAAUUUGUGACUCAGUCCUGAGUGUAAGUUCUUAAGGAAAAGGGAAUUUCUCCAUCAGCAGGAUUUAAAAGUCAGAAAACAAAUAAAACAAACUUUUCUAGAUUUACAGAAUAAAUAUGCCCAAAGAAUAGCCUGUACAGUAUGUGAUAAGUACACAAGUCACAAGUAAAUAAAAUACCUCUGAUUUGCCAAAUAUGUUUUCUCACAUGUAUCUAAUUUGAACUGGGACCAGAUUUUAGUAUUGCUGAAUAUAAAUAAAGGUAGCCCAAAUGUCAGUGAAAGCCUCCAUACUGCACUUUGAAUGUCUGAAUGCCAUUGUACUUGUUAGACUCACUGGCCAUCAGGGAAACAAAGCUGAAAAUGCAGCUUCUUGUGGGCUGUUUAUAGCCUACAGAGCCCAGUGUGCCUGAAGUUUUAUGCUGUAGCAAUCACUGAGCACCAGACAUCCCAGAGAGGAUGUAUUCCUGAAGUCUGUAGAGCUCCAAAAACAUAACAAAUAGAGCUGGGAGCAUACUAUAUUCCCAUCUGUUUCCAAAGUUUGUCCUUUUUUUUUUUCCCACCAAGAGCAAUGUAGUCUUAUUUGAGUUGCAUAGCAGUUUGUUUCAUGAAUAGUUCUACUAGGUAGUGCAGUCUGGAUCUCAAGCCAAGAAGAGUAGUAUUGGGAGGGGACUGGACAUCUGUAUUUUGUGCACAUGUUGCUAGGAUUCAUAUGAGCAGAUACACACCUGGAAGGCAAGACAAUCCUAAAAGAGAAAGAAGAAAGGUGGAUGCUAGCUUUUAGAGGAAUAAUAAGGUCUAAAUUGAAAUCUUGAAUCUAUUGGUCUGGAUCAGAUGUCAAAAAAUGUAUGCUGCUUGAGCCCACCCCAUUUGUGUAAGUCUGAUGUAUGCAGACACCUGUACUGAUCAGUACUUUGAAGCAAUGUGGAGCCUGAAGUCUUACUUAGCAGGACUUCCAUUAAGGAAGCAUUUCUGGCCUUGUAUUUAUUUAUUUAAGAAAAAAAAUGUAUCCAAUUUGGAUGAAAACUGCCCUUAAAAAGUACCCACUAGAAAUCAAUCUUACAAAAUAGCAUAUUUUAUUAUACAACCUUAUGCUGGACAUAGCAUUGAUUUUGUAUUACUAUUGUUAAAGCUGAUGAAUAAAUUUACAUAAAAAAUUA